AGAAUUAAUUUAUAUUUUUAGUUUUUUCAGGAUCUUGUUAUUGAACCAUACUAGAAUCAUGCCUCUUCCAGACACCAUGUUUUGUGCUCAGCAGAUUAACAUACCCCCUGAACUCCCAGAUAUUUUGAAACAGUUUACCAAAGCUGCCAUCAGGACUCAACCUCGUGAUGUACUGCAGUGGUCAGCUGGGUACUUCUCAGCUCUGUCAAAAGGAGAGCCCCUUCCUGUAAAAGACAGGAUUGAAAUGCCAGUAGCAACACAGAAAACGGAUACUGGGCUGACACCAGGCCUCCUUAAAGUUUUGCACAAGCAGCUUUCUGAGAAGGGCCGCGUGAACAAGAUUGAACUAGAGAAAAAAUGGAAACAUCUGUGUUUGCCAGGGGAGCAGCUGAGAGCCCUCCUUGAAUUGGACAACUUUGGUCAAGAGGUGGAAUGGAUGAAAGUUCUAGCCCUGGGGUGUAGUAUGCUUGCUGGGUCCUUAAUGGCUUCUAUGAAGUAUGCCUGUGAAAUUCUAACAACUGAUCCAGCGGGUGGACCUGCUCGCAUUCCAUUUGAUACAUUCUCAUUUAUCUACACAUACCUGGCUAGUAUCGAUGGUGAGAUACCAGACCACUGUGUUGAAGCUUUCCUCAACACUCUUAAAGGACAAGCGGAGCGUAAAGGAGAUCUGGUUGGAAUUUCAGAUUUCUUCAUUCCAGCAAAGAAGAUUUAAGAGAAAUAUAACAAGGACUUGCUGAAAGUACAUACUACCAAUUCAGAGCAGAACUUUAAUAAAGUCUCAAGAUGUUUAACAUUAGCAGUCACAACAAAAUAAAGACUUUGAUAUACCAGUAUACAUAAUUUGCAGUAUGAUCUUUAUUUAUGAAAGUUGAAUAAAUCUUAGGAUUUAUUUGUUUUCAUAGAUGUGUAAUUUUAGCUUUAGAUUAGAAACUUUUAAUAGAGGUUAAUGGUUAAGGAAUUUUUUGGAAAUAUUGUGUAACUUCAUGUGAAGUAAAAAAUUGUUUUUGAUAGAGAUAUUGGCCUUCAUAAAUUAAUCAAGAUUCUUCUAUCUGAAGGCCAUAUUUAAAGAACUUCAAGGAACUAUGCUAUUUAUUUGUAUUGUAUGUGCUUAUAUGGAACUUAUGCUUAGUAGAUCUACCUAAAUAAAGAAAUCAGUUGUCCCAUUU